GCGCAUAGAUCGCUUGGAAAUCUAUAAUAUAUGUUACGUGAACUAUAGAUUUUCAGGCGAUUUAUGCGCUCAAUGCGUGAAGCGGAACGCAUCCUUAAAGUGCCUUGAAUAACCUCUAACAGUCGUGGUCCUGGUGGAACGGGAUGGCGAAUGCGUGAAAGUGCACGGCAAGUUUACUUUCGCGACGAAUGCAGCUUAUCAAGCGCAGUUUGCAUUAUAUCGCCUGUAAGAUAGGGGCAUACCACGUUUCCAGCAACCUUUCACUUAUCAGGCUACCUGUCAGAAACGUUGUUACCACCGCCAGCUUACUCGAUUUUAGCCGGUGGGGUAUCAAAAAGACGAACAGAAAGCUGAAAAUUGCCCUCGCGCUUGAAAUGAUGGACCCUAAAGUUGAAGAAGCCCUGGCGUCACUUCGCGCUAACGUCAAGGAACAAGGUGAUUAUGUACGGAAGCUGAAAUCUGAUGGUGCGCCAGAGUUGGACAUCAAAAAAGCUGUGGCAGAAUUGAAGUUGCGCAAAAAGAUACUUGAAGAUAAGGAACUGUCUUUAGUUUCCAAUAAUAUAAUAUUUGAUAGAGCAAGGAUGGAGGAUCUCUUAAAGCGUAGAUUUUAUUUAGAUCAAUCUUUUGCUAUUUAUGGAGGUAUCACUGGUCAGUAUGAUUUUGGGCCUAUGGGUUGCUCAAUGAAAACUAAUUUAUUAAAUACUUGGAGAAAUUUCUUUGUAUUGGAAGAACAGAUGCUUGAAGUUGAUUGCUCUAUUUUGACACCUGAACCAGUGCUGAAGGCAUCUGGCCAUGUGGAUCGAUUCGCUGAUGUGAUGGUGAAAGAUGUGAAAAAUGGCGAGUGCUUUCGAUUGGAUCACUUGAUUAAAGCACAUCUAGAGAAGAUAAUUUGUGAUAAGAAAACAGAUGAGAAGACACGUGAGGAAUGUAAGAAUAUCAUUAUCGCAAUCGAUGGCAUGACAGAAAUUGAGAUGAUGAAUGUUCUACGGAAGUAUAAUAUGAAAUCACCAGUUACUGGUAACGACUUAUCCGAACCGAUUGCCUUCAAUUUGAUGUUUGGUACUCAAAUUGGACCAUCUGGACUUGUCAAGGCUUUCUUAAGACCGGAGACAGCUCAAGGUAUCUUUGUGAAUUUUAAAAGAUUGCUGGCAUUUAAUCAGGAGCGGUUACCAUUUGCUGCAGCACAGAUUGGUAACGCUUUCAGAAACGAGAUUUCGCCGAGAUCCGGUCUCAUACGCGUUCGAGAAUUCACUAUGGCGGAGAUCGAACAUUUCUGCGACCCGGAUGAUAAGAAUCAUCCUAAAUUCAAGACAGUCGAAAAUAUAAAGAUGUUGCUGUACUCAGCUUGUAAUCAAAUGGAAGGUAUGAGGGCACAACAUGUCACCAUAGGAGAGGCCGUUUCAUCCGGCUUGGUAGCUAAUGAAACGCUAGGUUACUACAUGGCUAGAAUUUAUCAGUUCCUAUUGAAGGUCGGCGUCGAUCCGAAUCGCUUACGGUUCCGUCAGCAUAUGAGUAAUGAAAUGGCACAUUACGCCUGUGACUGCUGGGAUGCUGAAUGUUUGACUUCGUACGGAUGGAUAGAAUGUGUAGGAUGUGCCGAUCGAUCCGCCUACGACUUGAGACAGCACACUGAGGCUACCGGCGUGAAACUAGUAGCGGAAAAAAAACUCCCCGCUCCAAAAACGGUGGAUGUUUGUGAGAUUAUGCCGAACAAGACACUGAUCGGUAAAACUUUCAAGCAGUUUAGUAAAGCUAUUCUAGACAUGUUAGCAAAGUUAAGUGAAAAUGAGAUCAUGAUCUUAGAAAAACAACUCAAAGAAAGCGCUGAAGCAGCAUUGAAAAUGCCUGAUAAUAGUGAUAUACAGCUCACCAGAGAUAUGAUAGAAGUAAAGCGUUAUAAAAAAACUGUUCACGUUGAGGAGAUCAUACCCUCGGUGAUUGAGCCUUCCUUCGGCAUAGGUCGCAUCAUGUAUGUCUUGUUUGAGCAUAAUUUCAAAGCAAGAGAAGGUGACGAAAAAAGGACAUAUUUUGCUCUUCCUCCGGUAAUAGCGCCAUUGAAAUGUUCGGUGUUGCCACUUAGCGGUAAUGACGAAUUCGUGCUGUUCGUAAAAAAAUUAUCGCAAGAUCUUACGAAAGCAGAUGUCUCACACAAAGUGGACGAUUCUUCUGGUAGCAUAGGACGUAGAUACGCUCGCACUGAUGAAAUAGCAAUACCAUUUGGCAUUACUAUCGAUUUUGACACCUUAAAAAUGCCACACAGCGCAACACUUAGGGAUAGAGAUAGCAUGGGGCAAGUUCGAAUAAACUUAGAUGAGUUGCCUGGUGUUGUGAGAGAUCUUUCCUAUGAAAGGACUACUUGGACAGAGGUGGAAACAAAAUAUCCCAAAUUUGAACAACAAGAAUCUACAGAACCAUAAAGAAUAUAGGCUUGAAAAUAAUUUGUUUCUACUAUAUAGAAGUUUAUAUAGAAUGUGCAUACAUACUGAAAUUUUUGAUAUAUUCAGCAACAUGUGAUGCUUAUCAGUGAAUAUACUGCUAAUUUUUGGAAGAUUUAGUGUUCAAGUGAUUUAUUCAGGAAAUUCAUAUUCUAAUUUUUUAUAGAUUUUGCAAAUUUUUAUAUGUACUUAUUUAGAAGAAAAUGAUAACUAUAAGAAUCUAUAUUUAAUAUAGGAUACUCUUAUGGAUUUAUAUAAAUCAAAUUUUUUGUUUUCCAAAUUAUUAGUUAUAUGUUACAAUUAAAUAAUUUGCAUUUUUCGAAGGCAUUUAUUCAUCUAAAAGUUUUUAUCAUUUAUUCAUCUAAAAGUAUUUAUAAAAUGAAUAUCAUAUAAAUAAUAAAGAUUUGUAUCUUUUUCAGGAUUUUGCCAAU